AUGCCACAGAAGUCUUGGGCCACUGAGGCCGAGACGGUGCUCCUCACCUCCCUGCGACCGUCAUUUCUUGAGCACCAAAAGUGUCGCACCCUCACCAAAUUCUGGGCCUCCCUGAACACUGAAUUUUUCCAGCGAUUUCCUGAGCGUGUUAAGCUCUUUGGCCCCGACAUCUCGGAUAGCAUGUUGUCUGAGGAGCAACGGACCGCGCUCGGGGAAGCAAUCAAAAAGCGGCAGAGCAUAAGUAAUACUCAAUUGAAAACAUGGUUCAAUUGGCGCCGCCCUAACAAUGCUCGGAAGGUCGCUCGCGUCACCCCGAUCACGAUGGAGAGCUUAGGCAUGAAGCCCAAGCACCGAGUUCUCAAGGAGCAGGAGGAGUAUUCAAGAAGGUUCUACAAGGAUAGAAUAGAGUCUCACGUUAAGGCGGCACUCGAGCGUGAAAAACCGACGUGUCACGAAUCCCUUAAUGUCAUUAACCGUGUCACAGAUGAAUGGUUCGAGCAGGAGGAGGAUUGGGUGAGGAAGCAGGUUUUGGAUGCAAUUGAGGCCAGCAAGAAGCAGUCAGAUGAGAAGAGCUGUGGCGGUGAUACCGAGAGGUCUCCCCGCCAGUACCAACAGGCAAUUAACGACAUGCCGAUUAUCCUGAAGCAGGUAUUCAGCGAGCUGGCAGCGGACUCAGGUUGGGACAUCACAGUCAUAGCGGGAGGACCAUGUCCAGAUGAAGGAGGCGACAUCGUCACCAUUGCGUCGCAUUCCGGAACGACAGAAACUGGUCACACCUUCGGUGACAUCCACCCAGGCAUCAUGACCAACGUGAUGGACACCUUCAUUGAGCAUUUGAAGGCCGUAUAUCCUUCAGAUGUUCAACGGCACCGUGCACUUGAUCUAUCGGACGAAAGUGCUGCAGACAGUCUUCCAUCCGCGGCAGGUCCAUCGUCUGCUGGUACAGGAAGGGUAGCUACACCGGAACUCCACCCACUGCAUGGCAUGAGCACUGAGGAUUCAAGACGUGCCAGCGGGGACAACUUUUCCGAGACUCCUGCCGUUCCACCAUGCCCGUCGGAGCAUGCAUCGCCAUUUCCGCCAUCAUUGCCCGCACUCUCACGAUCCCCAUCACCGUUGCUGCCCUCUUUGUCCUUGCCAUCUUCUUCAGAGUUUGUGGCUUCAUUGACAGGGCUGCCACAAUCCCCAAUCCCCAUGCCGCAGAUACCUCAUCCUUCGCUAUCAAAUGUGAUGAACACCUCGGGAUAUGCAUCUUCCAAUUUUGAUCUGGCGGGUCACGCGUCUACCACAUCUGUCGAAAAUGACGUGCUUCUGCAAGUGCCACUGAACGGGUGGGGCGCCGCAUGGCUGUUGCCAUCGGGUCUUGGAGGUGAGCAAAUACCAUGGCCAGACUUCGAUGUCGGAACGUGGACGCCCGACACUACCAACUGGGUUAUCAACGAGCUUGGUGCGGGACCUCUUGACCUCGUGGACUCUGCUGCCCCGGCAGCGAUUUCAGGAGCGUGGGGUCACGUUGAUGGAGUCCCAUUGCAGCCAAAUCAGGGUUCUCGUUUGGGCGAUGCCUCCGAUACUGGCAAUAUGGUAUCUGGUGCGCACGAGCCUGGACCUCACAUUGCAACCAGUCCAACUGACAUUGCCAACCUUGGUAUGCUCUCCGUUGUGCAAGAUCGGCCUAUCGUUCUCCCUGCCACAUCCGAUACGGCCAGCAGUUCAAUGUUCAGAUUCCCGGUACCACCCCCUGCAUAUGUGAUUCCCAUGCAUGCCCUCACCGCCGCCGCCAUCAAUACCAGCUCCCGGACUUCCAGUGAUGCAGUCUCGGUGCCCGCUGACAUUGUGCAGUCCGGCAUUGACGCAUCUGCCGAACGCGAUGCUCUCCGACAUUCUGAAGUGCAUAGUGCACCCAUCAUUCAGCCUGUUCCGGUGUCUGCCGUGCCAACUAUUGUUCAGCCAGCUGACCAUGUCGCGCCCGUGCACUCUAUUAACACAUUCUCCCCCCCCUCUGUCGAUCUGGAUGGUACUGCUACAUCCGCAGUACCAAGCAGUACUUCCACGUCGACCUCAUGCUCCUCCUCACCUAUCGAUCUGGAUGGUACGGCUACAUCCACAGCACCAUCCGCCUCGAACUCUUGCUCCUCCUUAGCUCGGCCUUCUCGCACGCGUAAGCUUCCUCCGACUGCAGACUCAAUAUGGGAGCCCACAGCAGCUCAAGCCAGGAGGCUCGGCAUUUCAACGAUGGAGAGUGAUUCUGCGAAGCCGAAAAGAAAGUCUGCGAAGGAGAACAAGGUGGAAAUGGGUGAGGGCAACGAUGGGGUGAAGAGAAGGAGGCGAUGA